AAUAAAAACAAUUCUACCACAAAAACAAAAUAAGAAUCAUUUGUCUUACGACUCUUGGACUAAGAUAACUGCAUACACGCACGAUAACACAACUUACGGUCAACACGCAGUUUACCGGCGAGUGGGCCAGUGUUGGAACGUGUUUCUGUCUGAGCCAUGGGUCGAGUAUUGACAGUAUUGGCCGUAGCGGCGAUUGGAGCUGGUAUAUGGUAUGUCUUCCAAUGCUGUGACGCUCCUCAAGUGCCCAAGCUUGACCUGGAUGAGUGGUGGGGACCUAAAGACCUGAAAGGAAGGACUGAUGCCAGUAUACGACCAUUCCACGUGAAGUUUGACGAAGCGUUAAUACAAGACCUAAAAAGCCGCCUGAAAAAUCACCGUCCCUUCACGCCUCCUCUAGAAGGCAUCGGAUUCGAAUACGGCUUCAACAGCAAGACCAUAGAGACCUGGAUUCAGUACUGGGCUGAGAAGUACAACUUCACUGCCAGGGAGAAGUUCUUGAACCAGUUCCCUCAGUUCAAGACUAAUAUCCAGGGUCUUGAUAUCCAUUUCAUUAGGGUUACACCUCAGGUGCCCCAGGGCUUCAAAGUGGUACCAAUUCUGCUGAUGCAUGGGUGGCCAGGUUCCGUUCGGGAAUUCUACGAAGCCAUCCCGUUCCUCACACAGCAGAGGCCAGGGUACGACUUCGCGUUCGAAGUUAUUGUCCCCAGUCUACCUGGAUAUGGAUUCUCUGAUGGUGCAGUCCGCCCAGGUCUCGCUGCUCCUCAGACAGCCGUCAUCUUCCGCAACCUGAUGCACAGGCUGGGCUUCAAGAAGUUCUACGUCCAGGGUGGAGACUGGGGCGCACUCAUCGCUUCCUCCAUUUCUACUCUGUUCCCAAAUGAAGUGUUGGGGCAUCACACUAACAUGGCUGUUGUUCAGACCAACUGCAACUAUCUGAAGCUAUUCAUUGGCUCCAUCUUCCCCUCGCUGGUGGUAGACCCAAGUUUGGCUGACCGCAUGUACCCACUGUCCAACUUCAUUUCUUACGUGUUAGAAGAGUUUGGGUACUUCCAUCUGCAGGCAACUAAGCCUGAUACUGUUGGAACGGCCCUAAACGACUCCCCUGCGGGACUCCUCGCUUACAUAGUCGAGAAGUUCUCCACGUGGACCCGUUUGGACCACAAGAAGAAGCUCGAUGGCGGUCUCGAAUUCCGCUUCACCAAAGACCAACUGAUUGACAACCUCAUGCUGUACUGGGCGCCGAAGUCUAUCACCACUUCGAUGAGGUUCUACGCUGAGAACAUGAGCGAUAAAACGAGGAAUAUGAAAUUGGAACAGAUAAAGACGCCAGUCCCCACAUGGGCGCUCCAGGCUAAGCAUGAGCUGUUCUACCAGCCCCCGAGCUUCUUGAAAGUGAAGUAUACCAACCUUUUAAACACAACAGUUUUGGACGACGGCGGCCAUUUUCUAGCUUUUGAACUACCGCAAAUUUUCGCCGAAGACGUGUUCAAAGCUGUGAAAGCCUUCAGAGAGUUUCACGUUAAGAAGAAUAAGACUGAACUGUGAUUUGGUUAAGUUUUUUUAAUAAAGUUUAUUUUUUACUUUUUAA